CCAACCUUCCAGUCACCAUGGUAACAUCAAUGACGUAACUGUCGGUACUUCUUGAUCAUUCUCUGCCAAAUGAACAACCGACGUCUUCCCCCGUUACCCAUUAAGGGGAAGAGGGCGCUGACCCCUCGGGCGAAUCAGCGCUCACCCAGCUCACCACAGCCACUUCCGGUGCCAGAAAUGGUCAUUACAGGUUACAGCACUAUUCAAGGAUCUGGUAACCAUGGAAACAACCCAGGAGGAGUAAACAAUGGCAGAAUACACUUGCAUGACUUGAACCAGGAUCUGGUAUCUGAGUACUUGGACCACAACCCAGAGUUCCUGGACCACUAUGUCCAGGCCCAAGUCAGUCUGGACCAGAUUGACCGAUGGCAGCUGAGGAAACUCCGUCCACCAUCCAGAUACAACAACCGGCCUCCGUCGAUGGAGUUUCUCUCAGUCAAUGGUGAAAACCAUGGUGACAGCAAAUCAAGUCUUUCAAAGUGGAAGUCCCGAAUUCAGACGAGCCGUAGUCGAGUGUUGCAGGAGUUAGCCAGAGAGGUGUAUCAGCCCAGCGGGAAGGCCGUCAUCCUGCAUGAGCUGGCCAGCUGUGUGUGUUCAGCAAUCAAUGCAGAUGGUUAUAAUCUCUAUCUUGUGGAUGAAAGCAAAAGGGAGGUGGUGUAUGUGCCAAAUGUUAGCAGUAGUAGGUUGACAUCCAGUAGUGGUGCAAGUACUAGCGAGCGGAUCGGUCUGGGGACAACGGUAGCAGCACAUGUAGCUCACACACAGGAAACAGUCCGGUUAAAGGACCCACAUGGGGAUGGUCGGUUCCCCGAGGGGCUGGGACACUGCAAUAUUAAGGCUCACUCUGUCCUAGCCCUACCACUGCAGGACGGUAGAGGGUCUUUAUUAGGUGUAGUAGAAUUUUACAGAAACUAUAAAUAUUCAUCAUUUACAGAAGAAGAAGAAGAGGUGUCAAUCCUUCUUCUAAUGUGGGCAGAUAUGCUAGUAGAUUAUGUUGAGGUUCAUAGCAGUAUGUUAAAACAGAGAAAACUCAAUGAGUUUUUAUUAACAGUCACAAAGUCAGUUUUUCAAGACAUCAUCAGUAUGGAUACUGUCAUCAUGAAGAUAAUGAAUUUUGCAAAAACUCUUGUGCAUGCCGAUCGAGCAUCAUUAUUUAUGCUCGACUCCCGCACCAAGGAACUCUUCUCCCGAAUAUUUGAUACAGGGAAGUGUGAAGAAAAUGUACCACAGAGAGAAAUAAGAUUCCCCAUGGACAAGGGCGUGGCUGGCCACGUUGCCACCACUGGGGAGGUUCUCAAUAUCCAGGAUGCCUAUGGCGACAUCCGAUUUAACCGGGAUGUGGACCUUCAGACUGGCUACAGGACCAAGAGCAUACUGUGUAUGCCCAUUUACAUCAGGGGGAAUGAUGUGUGGUGUACGUUUCAGCAUCAUCGAGUGGUUCAGAUGGUCAACAAGAUGAGUGGACCUUUCACCAGGGCAGACGAGGAAGCCUUUGAAACCUUUGCUAUAUACUGUGGACUGGCACUGCAUCAUGCAAAUGAGAGUACACUGUAUGAGAAGAUUCGGCGUUCAGAACAGAAGUACAGGGUGGCACUGGAGGUGUUGUCCUACCAUAGUCAGUGUUCAGAGGAGGAAAUGAGGUCAAUCCGCUCCAGAAAAGUACCUCAUGAUAUGCAUGCAAUCACCAGUUACACCUAUUCCCCAUGGGGUGUUGACAAUGAUGAGACGGUGUAUGUUCUCUUCAUGUUCAAGGAUCUGUUUGGCACAAUGAGGUUUGACACAGAUGCUCUGAUUCGGUUCACCCUGACUGUGCGGAAAAACUACCGCAAUGUACCCUACCACAACUGGGUUCAUGCGUUCUCGGUGGCUCACUCCAUGUAUACAGUCAUCAAGCGGGCAGACCACCAGUUCACUCCACUUGAGAGCCUUGCACUGUUUGUGGCAUGCUUAUGCCACGACUUGGAUCAUCGCGGAAAGACCAACGCCUUCAUGGUGAAGAGUGCAUCUCCCUUGGCAGCAAUCUACUCCACCUCCACCAUGGAACAUCAUCACUUCAACCAAACAGUGGCAAUACUGCAGCAUGAAGGUCACAACAUCUUCAGACACCUUUCCUCAGAAGAGUACAAGAAGGUUCUUGGAGACAUCAGGCACUGCAUUCUUGCAACAGACCUGGCACUGUUCUUUGGCAACAGAGCCAAGCUAAAGGACAUUGUGGAAAGGAAGGACUUUCAUGGGAGAUACAAUACAAGAACACAGGGAGAUGAGGAGAAGGAACAGGGCAUGACCCCAAUGGCAAAUGAUGGAUCGACAAGAAAGAUGAACUCGCCUCAGCUUGAGCAAGACGCAUUCUUCCCCGAGACAACACCAAUGGUUGAUGGAAUAAGAGCAAACUUAAACAAAUGGAAGGAACUGGCUGAGAAAGCCAAGGAAGAAAAAACGAAGCAGAGAAGGAAGUACUUCAGGAAACUAAGUCAAAAGUAA